AUGCAGGUUGCCACAUUCCAAGUGCCUCUGGCUGAUGCCAAGAAGUUACUAGAUAAGGCUAAGCUGAAGGCGGGCUGGUCGGUAUGCUCGUUGAGCAUAAUCCAGCCACUUCAGUCCUGCUAUAGGUGCCUCGGCUACGGUCAUAAAUCCUUUGACUGUCGGAGUCCCGAUCGUAGUAAGCUAUGUCGCAGUGAUCGAUACUACCGCUCAAAGUCAUGCCUUACGGACAAGGCGAAGGAGCUACAGGGUCUACCAGAGCAGGACCAGUCAACGCGUGCAAACGACUCGAUGGUGCAUGGUGUCCUCGACCAUGUGCGACUGCCGCAGAUCAAACUGCAGUCAUUCAACGGCGACAUCGACGAGUGGAUUAGUUUCCGUGACUUGUUCACGUCCCUGAUCCACUGGCGGACUGAUCUACCGGAGGUGGACAAAUUUCAUUAUUUAAAGGGGUGUCUUCAGGGGGAACCAAAGGCUUUAAUCGAUCCACUAAAGAUAACGCAGGCUAAUUAUAAGAUUGCAUGGGAUGCGCUUACUAAGCGCUAUAACAAUAGUAAGCAACUCAAUCAAAGGCAGGUUCAGUCGCUCUUUAGUCUUCCUUCGCUUUCCAAGGAGUCGGUUUCGGAGUUGCACGUUCUAGUUGAGGGGUUCGAAAGAAUUGUGCAUACUCUAGACCAGGUUGUCGAGCCAGCGGAGUAUAAGGAUCUCCUGCUAGUCAAUCUUCUUACCAAUCGUUUGUACCGGGUGACCCGCCGAGGUUGGGAGGAGUUUUCAUCCACGAAGGAGCAAGAUACUUUGGAGGAUCUGACGGAGUUUCUGCAGCGAAGAAUUCGUGUUCUUGAGUCGCUUCCAACGAAGGCGGCUGAGUCUAGGGGUGCUCAACCGUGGCAGCAACAACCCCAGAGGCAGAAGCAGUCCACAGCGAAGGCCAGCUACAGCACGAUGCAGUCAUCGUCAGGAGCACAAUGUGUGGCGUGUAAGGAGAGCCACUACCUCCAUCAAUGUGGCGUGUUCCAACGUAUGUCGGUGACUGACAGAGAUGCCCUGCUGCAAACCCACUUCCUCUGCAGAAAUUGUUUUCGAGUGGGUCAUUUGUCCAAGGGGUGCCGGUCCAAAUUCAAUUGCAAGAAUUGUAAGGGUCGUCACCACACUUUGGUGUGUUUCAGGUCGGAGAAGGGUAGUUCUGCAAAGGUGGCAGCGGUUGCUAGGGGCAACCAUCCUUCAAUCCCGAAAGAGUCCUUCGGAGUCAACGAAGCUUCUGGUUCGGGUUCCUCUCAGGUGGUCAAUAUGGCGGCCACCGACAUUUCGGUUUCUGGUGCGGCUCACCAAUAUUCUUCGCAAGUUUUACUGGCAACUGCUAUCGUCGUCGUGGAAGAUGACCAAGGUGGAAGAUUUCCUGCUCGCGCUCUCUUGGAUUCGGGCUCAGAGAGCAACUUCAUCACGGAGCGACUGAGUCAACGGAUGAAGACACAACGAGAAAGGGUGGACAUUUCAGUGCGUGGAAUCGGUCAAGCAGGAACCAAGGUCAAAUACAAAAUACAAGCAGUAGUGCGAUCGCGAAUUUCUUCUUUCUCGCAAGCAAUGAACUUCCUCGUUCUUCCCAAUGUAACGGUUAAUCUGCCAACUGCUACAAUGCGCACGGAGGGUACGGAGCGACGGCUGGCAAGGAAUGCCAACCUGCACAAAAGCUAUAACGAUUUCAUGGAGGAAUACGAGUCGAUGGGACACAUGGAGAAGGUCGAAGAGGCGGCCUUAACAACAAAACAGCAGUGCUUUUUACCGCAUCAUCCCGUUUUCAAGGAGGACAGCACUACUACCAAGGUCAGCUAUUAA